GUGUGAGUGUGUGUGUGUGUGUGUGUGUGUGUGUGUGUGAGAGAGAGAGAGAGAGAGACGCAUCCAUACCAAAAUCCCCUCAUUCAUUCAGCUCAUGUCCCCGCACCUUUUCGCCGGAUCUACUUACAUAAUUGCCUUAUUUAAGAAGAAGAAACAUUCUGACGUCCGCGCGACGUUUUUAGCGGGUGUCAUAGCUUCAUCCGUCCACCUUGAAGAGCUCCUCUCUGGGCUUCCUCUCCCCCUCAGAAACUCUCGUGCCAUGCAGGAGGUGUAACCCUCCACCCUUUUCUUCUUUGUGUGCCACGGAAACCCUAAGCCAAGCCAAGAUGUCAGGCACCGACCCGUCAUUGCCGACAGACCCCCAGCUGCCUUUGACGUCCCCCCGCACUCCCCUGCAGUUUUCUUUUCCUUUCCUGAGGGAAGGCAGCCGUGUUUGGGAGAGGGAGAGGAAACCACCUCAGCCUGGGGAGCUACCCAGCCCACUGCCAACAAAACGCACACGCACAUACUCGGCGACAGUACGAGCCAGAUCAGGUCCUGUAUUUAAGGGCGUGUGCAAAAACUUUUCCAGAUCUCAGGGUCAUGGAUUCAUCCGUCCUUCUCAUGGAGGAGAUGACAUCUUCGUUCACAUUUCUGACAUUGACGGGGAGUACGUGCCUAUGGAAGGAGACGAGGUCACAUACAAGGUGUGUCCGAUCCCCCCCAAGAACCAGAAAGUCCAGGCUGUGGAAGUGGUCAUCACCCACCUGAACCCAGGCACCAAGCACGAGACCUGGUCGGGUCAGAUCAUCAGCUCCUAGACGAGCGCGUCGGGCGUCACGGCGAGAACGUAACGGAGGAUUUUAGGUUUUUUUUAAUUUUAGGUUUUAUGUUUUUGUGGUGUGGCAGAUAGGAUCAGGCACGGGGCAAUCUGAGCUUUCUGAGAGGUACAAGUGGGGCCACGGAGGUUUUGGUACGGAGGACGAAGUGCGCUGUUAGGCUUAAAAUUAAGCAUUGAAUGUAUCUGAAUGUUUUUCUAGUGAAGGUUUAUGGGGUUGUCUUUAGGAUUUAAGUGUUUUACAUCAAAGCCCCGAGUUCGCAAAGUAACACUGCAAACAUUACUCAUUUCACCUUGAUAGGAUGUGUGUUAGUUGGUUUUGAGGAUGUGACGUCUCGGUUUAUUUGGGAUGUGUGAAAGAGGCCAAAAUGAGCUUAGAUCAAACAGGAAACGGUUUUGGCUCAUUUACUGCCAGUGGGAACCAUGUGACUUACAAAUUCAAUGGAUCAGCUUGCUAGAGCUAUUCUCUUUACUUUCAUGCUGGAAACUGGCGCACACUGUGCUGCCAAAUCUAAAUAAAUAAAUUAAUUAAUUAAACACACAGUAUAUUUACCCUUCUGUUUUUUCUGUUUACAGACUGCAUGUUUUAGGGAGAAAAAACUAGUUGUUUUCACGGAUGCUUUUUUUUUUCUUCUAACAUUACAAGAACAUAUUCAUAAAUCAAAACCUUAUUAAGGUUGUACUUUAUGCCGGUAAACCACCAAGUGAGUGUACUCACACAAGCAGUUUGGUUUCACAGACAUCCUGUUUGUUCUAAAGACGUUUUGGCCUCAGCAGGUGUGUCGAGCUUGACAGAUUAGGAAUAGUUUUUUUCAGUAUCGUAGCACUUUCUGUAGAUAAGGGUGGAAGCCCAGUUUUGGUGUAGCCAUCUCCUAUGACGGUCAUACGUUUUCUGUGGUAGAGACAGUAUAAUGUUGUUAGCCUGCCACUGGAAAACAAGGCCAGAGGGAGGAACAUGGCGACAGUAACAAGUCCUGAGUAAGGGUAGGAGAUGAAGUGAAUGAUUGAGCAGUGAUGCAGCUAUUUAGGGAAUGUAAGGAAGGAAUAUAAAGAUUCAAGUCAGCACAUUAUAAACCAUUGUUCACAACCUGAAAGUGAACUCAAAAGAAAUAGUUUGAGAUUUUGAAGAAACAUACGGUUUUGCUGGAGGAAAUUAUCUUAGCUGCUGGGUGGCUUACUAGCAGCUAUAGUUAGCUUAAAAUAAGCUGCUAGUUUAAGCUAACUAUGUCUAGUUUAAGCUUCCCAUGGCUAGUUAGCUUAGUUUAACAUAACAUUUAAAACUCUAAAAAUAUAAUUUUGAAUUUAUAAUACAAAAAACUUAGCUUAAUGUCUCAUCUUUAAUCAUAAAAAAAGAUAUUAAGCUAAGCUAGCUAGCUGGAAAUAAAAGUCAAUAGAAAGUUCAAAUGGAAAAUAUUUGCCAUUUCUGAACAUUAGGCACAUUCAAUACAAACAAACAAAAUGUCAUCACAAAAGAAUAAAAAGAUCCUAUUGUAAUUUUUUUUACUUGGUAAAAGAAAACAGCUAAGCUAAGCUUAGCAGCUGAAGUCGGAGUAUUUUACCCACAACAGCAAAAUGUUGCCUAUUCUGAACAUCAGACACAUUAACACAUAGAGCUCUGCCAGUAUCAUUUUGAACCAGAAACUCACCAUAGCAUUGAAUCAUUUAUUGUUAGAAGGUAAUGCUAAGCUAACCUUACUGCAGCCAGCGAUUUACACAUGUUCUGCAGCAAAUUGGAAAAUAAGCCUUUUUUGAUCAUCUACUACAUAUAAAUGUACUUUUAGAUAUCAUUUGGAAUCUCAAACUGAGCACAGUGUUUGAUAUUUAAUUGGCAAAGCAAACAGCAUAGGUUGCUAAGCUAAUUAGCUGCUUUAUGUAGCGUACAUUAAACAUAAAAGCAGCUAUUUUUGUUUAGUUCUUGCCAAGUCAGCAAAUAAGCAUAUUUAAUUACUGAACUAGUUCUGAUACAUUGUUGCUGAAAGAAAACAGCUGUUCUGGUUUUAAUAAUAAAAAAAAAAAACUUGAUUUCCUGACAUUGUUACAGCAUUACGUACAUCUUACGUACAAUCUAAUUGUUACAAUAAAAAAUACACAUUUUUAAUUUUUACCUUAAAAUAAUAAACACCUGGUUUUUUUCUUGUUUGAUUUUUGGGAAGUUUCUGAUGCCACAUAAAGACUUUGAAACAGACAAUAAAACACAGGUAAAGCUUCCAGAUGUAAUAAAAAAAAAUAUUUAUGUACUAUUUAUUUUCAUUUGUAACAAUGAAAACAAUAGGUUUAGCAAUUAAACACUGUAUUUCUAUGUAUUUGUGUAAUUUUAAGCUGUUUAAACACUGCACAUCUCACUCUGAUGAUCCUUCCCUCCUAAAAUCUCCUUCCUACUGUCAUGUUAUCUUAAAAAAAGAGAAAACCUCAACACAAGUUUCUAAUUUCUACUUUCUCUUUGUCUAACUUUUAAUAACUAAAUGAUGUCCGAGAUACCAUGCAAACUUGAGAAUGUGCUAAUUCAGUUUCAUCAUGCAGUAACCCAGGCGAAGCCUUUAGAGGGAGCUGUUGUCUCAUCUCUCAUCCUUCCUGGAUUUUUCACUUUUAGAGUGAUAUAAUAUCACAGUAGCACUCUUUAUCUGUUGGAUGUCUGUACUGUGGAGAGAAACAAGUUUGAUUGUGUUUUUGGAGCACUUUUAUUUUUAUUUUUAUUUUUUUGUCAGAUCACUGUGAUACUUGUCGUUUCUUGUUUAAACGUUAAAUAAAGCUUACUGCUGCAUACACAGAA